UCGAAUGCAUUUUUGUGGAUUGUAUUGACCUUUGGUUUUGGUGUCCUGGGCUAUAGAAAUGUCUGAUCCCGCAGCUUAUGGCAGCGGUGAUUGGAAGAUUCCGUCGGUUUUUUGUAGGGGAUUUCUCCGAUGCCUAAAAUUUGUGUGAUUAGCGUUUAAAUUUUGUUUUUUGGAGUUUAGGUUAGGGAAAUUAGAGGCGCUUGCACCAUUCUUUAUCUGGGCUAUAUUGUUUUAGAUUUUGCACUAAAGUGGCUUUUAGGUUAAUUUGCAAGUUCGAUGAUCAUAACUUUGAAUUCUUGUGGCUGUAAAAUUUGUUCGAUUUGGUGGUGGUAUUCAGAAGGUGUAAAUGGGUGAGCAUUUGGCUGUGGAUGUGAAUGAGCUGGAGAAGUCUGAAGUAGUUGAGUCUAGUUCUCCGGAUCCUCAGGCAGUUGGAUGUCUUCGAACAGAAAAGAAUCCUCAAACAGAGGGGUCCUCAUCAUCUAUGGAGGCUAAAGACGGUAAGUCGGUGGUGUUAGUGGUGGACAGUGAGGAAGCAGAUGAGGAGGCACCGUUGAUAGGUACAGGUGAGUGCCGCAUUUGCCAGGACGAGGAUUCUAUCACUAAUUUGGAGAGUCCUUGUGCUUGCAGUGGGAGUCUUAAGUAUGCCCACAGAAAAUGCGUUCAGCACUGGUGCGACGAGAAGGGAGACAUUACUUGUGAGAUAUGCCACCAGUCGUAUCAGCCUGGCUAUACCGCUGUUCCACGUCCGCCAUCCAAUGAUACUGCCAUUGAUAUUGGUGGAGUAUGGCAAAUCUCUGGUUCACCAUUAGAUGUGCACAAUCCUCGAUUUCUUGCGAUCGCCGAUGCCGAGCGUCAGCUGUUUGAAGCCGACUACGACGAUUACAAUGGAACUAACAGCAGCGGCGCAGCCCUUUUCCGCUCCACUGCACUGAUCUUAAUGGCUCUUCUACUUCUGAGGCAUGCGAUGACGAUCACCGACGGGGGAGACGGAACCGGAAACGGAGAUGCAGAUGGAGAGGAGGAUGCAUCGACUUUCUUCUCUCUUUUCUUGCUCCGAGCUGUCGGUUUUCUCUUACCCUGCUACAUUAUGAUUUGGGCCAUCGGUAUAAUGCAACGUCGCAGGCAGAGACAGGAGGCUGCGGCACUAGCAGCGACGCAGUUUGCAUUUGUUGUUCAGUCAGCACAAAGCAGAGGCCUUCUUGUUGCGUCGACUCCGGCAACGGCGACGGCAACGCCUCCACAAGCGACGCCGCCGGAGACUGCUGCGACGCGAUCGGAAGAUAGUUGAUCAAGCUGUAUGCCUGCCAUUAAUCAAGUUCUUGUAAUGUGCAGAUGAGAAAUUAAAGAUCAAAUGUCUUGAAAGAUUGUUGCUUUCUUGUUUUAAGCCUGAUUAUUACAUGUUUGAUGUUUGUAUACGGUAUAAGGUUGUACUAUGAGUUCUACAUUUGAUGCGCAGGUUGUGUGCGCUUUAUCAACAUCCCUUAUAAGUUGGAAAUAAUUGUUCUGUUCUUUUUUCUGUUGUAAAA